CCUGCUUUUGACCACCACGAUCUCAAAAGCACGAUAAUUAUUUCUGAAGCCUUGUAAGAAAGACAAGCAAGCAAGGCCAAUGGCUUCAUUUGUGGCAUUUCGCAGCGCCGUCGUGAGGUUACCUGGCCGCCAAGUCCGCCACUUGCACUCUACGCCCGUUUCUUUUUCAAAAUACCGGCUGGAAAAUAAACGAAUUCCCUACGAAACCCUCCACCUCAUUGACCCCGAGACUGGUCAACUGCGAGAGAUCGUCCUCAAGGACUACCUCGAUACCAUCGAUACAAAAAAAUACAAACUCGAACUGGUGUCUACAAGCCCUAAACCGGUUGCCAGGCUCCUAGAACGGUGGAAAGAGCACGAGAAGUUGAAGGCAGCCAAGACGAAGCGGUUGGAAAGUCUUCGCAAGGCGGAGCAUAAGGAGUUCCAGUUCACAUGGAAUAUGGCUCCCUCGGAUUUGACACACAAGUUCAAUAGCGUCAGAAAGGAGCUGGAAAAGGGCGGGAAAGCCGAUUUGGUUUUUGUUACGAAGAAAGGACAUAGGGCUCCCAAGGAUAUACCUGAGAGGCUACAGGCAGUGGUGGAUGAGCUGGCCGAUGUUGCGAAGGAGUACAAGGGUAGAGAAAUUGUCGGUCCAAUGGGCGCCAUUUUCCUUCGGGGUACAGGGGAAAAACCUGCAGAUCAGCCCUCAAAAGAACCACCAUCAUGACACCAGAUAAUAAUACAACAUAAAUAUUAAUCCAAAUUAGUGGGCUAUUCACUGAGAAAAACUCCUGCUACAUGUCUACAUAUCUGCUCAAACGAAGCUUCCGUUG